AUGGCGGAUGGCCCCAGGUGUAAGCGCAGAAAGCAGGCCAACCCGAAACGGAGCAGCGUGACAAGCUCUAACGGCGGCUUGGAGGCCAGCAGCUCUGAUUCGGAUGAUGACGACAAGCUACAUAUCGUGGAGGACGAAAGCCCGCCGGAUGCAGAGAGUGUAGUGGCGAGGGGGGGCCUCCGCCGCCGCCGCUGUGCCAAAAACGCCGUUGAAGCAGUAUUAACACACAACGGAGACUGGAAUGGAGUAAAAGAGGAGUUUGCCUCCGGGGAGGAAGAAGAUGCAGGAGAGGAGGAGGGUGGAGUGAAGAUAGAGGAGGAGAUCCUCCAGAAAGAAGACAUGACCGUCAUCUACCCGGAGGCCCCUGACGAUGAGCAUAGUCCUGCGGAGACGGGGGGCGCCGACGAAAACGGCACGCCGGACACCCUACAGCUCCACACAUGUCCAUAUUGCUCGCGGGGCUACAAGCGCAACGCUUCUCUCAAGGAGCACAUCAAGUACCGGCACGAGACCAGCGAGGACAACUACAGAUGCUCGCACUGCAGCUACACCUUCACUUACCGCUCACAGCUCGAAAGGCACAUGAGCCAUCACCGCGGCAACAAGGACCAGCGUCACGUACAGGCGACCGGUGGCGGUGGAAGUGGUGGAGGAGCUCGUAAAUUCAAGUGCACUGAGUGCUUCAAGGCCUUCAAGUACAAACACCACCUGAAGGAACACCUGCGCAUACACAGUGGUGAGAAACCAUAUGAAUGCGCCAAUUGCAAGAAGCGAUUUUCCCACUCGGGCUCGUACAGCUCGCACAUCAGCAGCAAGAAGUGCAUGAGUGCAGUCACCACCCCCAACGGCCUGGCCCGCAAGCCAGUCAAGUCGCCGCCGCCCGUCGCGGAGAUUUCACGAGUCGCCAUCUCUUCGGGACGCACAGUUUUGAAGGAGAAACUAGAGAGUAAACCCCUCCAGGAACAGCUCCCCAUUACACAGAUCAAAUCGGAGCCAAACGGGCAACCCUGCAAGCCGGCUGUGGCGACGGAACCAGCUGCCAAUGGGGCGGCGCCCCAGCCCCCACCUCAAGGCGUCGCUAUGGUUCUCCCUACUGUUGGACUUGCACCACCCAUAAACAUCAACCUGAGUGAGCUGCAGAAUGUCCUGAAGGUUGCUCUGGAUGGGAAUGUCUUGAGGCAGGUUCUGGGGACCACCGAUGGGGCUGCUGUGCAGGGUAAGCCAGGUAUCGUGGUCCAGCAACCUCAGCAGCAGAUCAUCAGCCUGCCUGCCUUUGUGGACCACGAUGGGACCACAAAGAUCAUUAUCAACUACAGCAUUGGACCCGCGCCUGCCACUACAGCCACUUCCACUGCCACCACUACCACCGGUGUACCCAUGCCACUUUUUGUUAAAAACAACCUGGUUCCAGCAGCACCCAUCCCAACCAAAACGGACAAGCCGUCAACUCCCAAGGUGGACCUCAGCCUCGUCAAGGAAGAGCCUGAAGAUUCUGUGCUCAUUACGGACACAAAGACAGACCCAGCGAUGAGCAUCAAGACUGAAGACCGCACUGAGGUGCUCCCACCCAACUCCGGCUCCGGUACUUGCUCACUCUGUGAUGAGUGUCCCGAGAACCUGGAGGCACUGCACUUGCUCCAGCACCACAAAGUGGCCAAUGGGGAGGCUGUAGACUCAGCCGCCUUGGACCCGUCCUUCGCUGCUUUGCUGAGUGACGCUGGGGUGACGUUGCAGCAAGAGCCAGCCGUGGAUGAUCUUCUGACCCUCCUCAAGACCUACUUCGCAUCCAACUCCAACCCUGACCAGGCUGAGUUUGAGAAGAUCUCAGACUCAGUUGGUAUUCCUGUCGCUGUUGUGCAGAAGUGGUUUGCCAAGAUGAACUCUGGGAGACAGAGCUGCCAAGAAACGGCUACUUCCAAACAGACUGAAUCCCUCAACACUGAGGAUGACACCAAGCAAGCGUUAUGUAGUUCCCCAUCUGAUUCCCCAUCAUUAAAUGCCAACGACUUGAUCAUCGUCAAAAGAGAGCCAGAUGACCCUGAGGUUCUGGACUCACAAGCUGAACCCUUGGACCUGUCCCUCCCAAAACAACUCGCCGCUCCCGCCUCCACUGUAACCCCAGAGGACACGCCACCUCCCCCAAAACCACCGCAGCCCAUGAAUCUGACCUAUCUGAGGAAAGAGCAGGUGGACAGUCGCACUGUGUUUGUGGCCGCACCUCAAACGCGCAGAACCACCGUCAGUAUUAUGCCCACCUCACAGUUGCCCACAUUGGUCGCCAUCACGGGUCAGGGCUCGGUGGGCUGCCUCGGCACCCUUGGGGACUCAGCCAAGCGGACCAUCCUCAUCCCACAGCUCACUUACACGUACGCCGGUGCAGCUGGAGGUGCAGCCAAGACGGUGGUGCUUAAUGGGCACAAGACGUCGGACGCGGCCUCCGAGGGUGCAACGGACGAGCGGAAGGAGAUUUCGGUCAUGAAGAAGCCGCGUCUGGAAAACGGUGUCUAUGCUUGCGAUCUGUGCAACAAGGCCUUUCAGAAGGGCAGCUCUUUGCUCAGGCACAAAUAUGAACACACAGGAAAGCGUCCUCAUGAGUGCCCAGUGUGUAAGAAGGCCUUCAAGCACAAGCACCAUCUGAUCGAGCACUCGCGGCUGCAUUCGGGUGAGAAACCCUACCGGUGCAACAAGUGCGGGAAGCGCUUCUCGCACUCGGGCUCCUACUCGCAGCACAUGAACCACCGCUACUCCUACUGCAAGCCCGACGGCUCCGAUCCUGACUCCAGCCCGGACGCAGAUGCCGCCGAGGUUGCCGCCGCUGUCGUAGCAGGCAGCCCAGACGCCACUCUGGACUCGGACAUAGGUGAGAGCGAAGAGGAUGACGAGGCCAUGUGUGUGGACGACAUCCGGGUCGUCCAGGUGGAUGAUGGCGAGUGCGAGAUCUACGAGGGCAACUUUGAUGAAGACGAAGAAGAUGAGAAUGAGGAUGGAGGUGAAGAAGAAGAGCGUAAAGAAGAGAACGAAAAAAACCUGGACGUAGAUGAGUUUGCAUGCCAGGUGGUGGAGGUGGAGCUGAAUCACGACCAGACACAGGAGUCAGCCGUUGAGGGACAGGAUGGGGGGAAGGUGGACAAGGCAGAGGCGGCCGGUAUCAACCUGGAUCAGAUGGCGGACUGCGCAUAUAAAAGCAUCAGGGACUGGUCGGACAGCGAGGAAUCCUCUGACGACCAAGCUGUGACGGACGCCAAAUAA